AUGUCAAAUUCUUUUGAAUAUAAUCUUCUUAAUGCGGCCCUUAAUUUAGUAAUGGUUGAUAGAAAUUUUGUGACGGAAAAGGAAUUUAAAGAUAGAAAAACACGUUAUGAAAUUGGUAAUGUAGUCUAUGAGAACAUCGAGAUAAAUUCAUUUCAUCAAUACAAUCUUGUUGGUUGUAGGGCACCUUCCAAACAUGUGAAUAAUAAGGUUAAAAUAGAUAUGAAAAUUUUUUUGAAAACGCUUUCUGGUGAAUCUUAUAUACUCUAUUGCAAAGGAAGUCAUACCAUUGAUAGAUUAAAGCGGAAAAUUUCAGAAAAGAAAGGAAUACCCCCAGACCGGCAAAAAUUAAUUUUUAAUGGUUGCGAAUUAAAAGAUGGAUUAACACUUGCUGACUAUAAUAUUUCAAAUAAUUCAAUAAUUUAUUUUGUACGCCAUAUUAAAGGUGAAGAAAGUGUAAUCAGUUGUCUUAAUUCUAAUGAUUUGGAUCAAGCUUACAAUCGAGACUUUACAAAUGUUAAUGAUGAAGGAAAAAUAUUUACUAGAGGAGGAUUUCGAUAUUUAAGACCAUGUGGAUGGAAUCGUAUUGCUUUAAAAGUCAGUAAAAAAUAUGAUAAUGGUGAUGAUAGAUGGCUUGGUACAGAUAAAUGUUCUUGGCCAGUGUCUUAUCAUGGUACAGCUAGGAGAAAUGCAAAAUCGAUUUCUGAGGAUGGGUAUUUAUUAAGUAAAGGGCAACGUUUUGCUUUUGGGUAUGGCAUUUAUACAACACCUGAUAUAGAAGUAGCUAGAAGAUACGCACAAGAAUUUACAUAUGAAGGGAAAAGAUAUGUCUUGGUCUUUCAAAAUCGAGUAAAUCCUGUAGAUUUGCAGAGAAUUGAUAUGAAAAAAACUGGACGUGGUGAAUAUUGGAUUUCUAAACGAGGAGAAGAUGUCAGACCAUAUGGGAUCUGUUUCAAAGAAAUAGAAAAUGAUUUAACAAAAAACUUAUUUACUAUUCCACGAAUAAGAUCCAAACGAAAAUAUCCAACAAUCAAUUUGCCGCAAACUACUACUUCUUUACUACCUUCAAUUCCUUUACCAACUAUUUUCCCACCAACUAUUAUUCCGUCAACUAUUAUCCCGUCAACUAUUAUCCCACCUACUGUUAUUCCGCCACCAAAUAUUAUUCCGCAAAAUAUUAUUCCACAAAAUAUUAUUCCACCAACUAUUAUUCCGCCACCAAAUAUUAUUCCGCCAAUUAUUAUUCCACCUACU